AUGUUAAAUAUUUUAUUAACAGAGGAAACGUCGCCGGAGGAGGACCCCACGGUGUCGUCGGCGAGCCUGUGUAUGUCUCCGAGCGUGAACGCGGACGCGGACCGCAGUGCGGCGCCGCUGUGCUCGUCCACACCCUUCGCGCCGCGCAUCACCAACGGGUACGACGCCGUGGACAAUCGGGACAGGCGGCGCGUGGAUAGCUGUGAUACUAUUAAUGGAAAUGUGAACGUUCACAUAGUUUCCGAGUCUCCUAGUAUGGAUGUGCUAAGCGGCGGUGAGAGCGACGCCGGCGACACCCUGUCGAGACGGAACAAUAACACCAUAUCGUCACGUACCGUGUACCCAAGCGAGGCGCAGCGACGGCGCGGUGACGUCACGUACUUCGUGGCGAAGGAGCUACUGAUGACCGAACGCACCUACAAGCGCGACCUUGAACUCGUAACUGUCACGUGGUCACGGCUGGUGGGGCGCGUGGGGCUGGCGGCGAGCUCGAGUGCGGAGGGCGCGGAGGCGAGCGCGCUGGCGCGUGGCUGCCUGGCGCUCGAGCCGCUCGCGCUGCCCGCCGGCAAGUUGCUGGCGCGUCUCGACCGCGCGCUCGCCACGCACCCCACGCACGAGCUGCGACCCAGUUUAGAGUGUCUGCUGACCACCUUCCUACCGCCGCUCUAUGAUGAUAACGAGGAGCCAGAGUAUAAGAAAGUUGCAGAUCUGUUGUACGAAUACUUGACAAAUAUCUAUGAUGCGUAUUCGCAGUACGCGCUGGGCGCGGGCGGGCUCGUGGCGCUGGUGGAGAGCGCGCGGCGGCGCGGGGGCGAGGGCGCGCGCGCCGCCGCGCUCUUCGACGCAAGCGCGCCGCUGCCGCUCGCCGCGCUGCUGCUGCGCCCGCUGCACCGCGCGCUGCACCUGCGCCGCCUCGCGCACGAGCUGGUAGCGGGCGCGGGGGCAGGUGGGGGUGCUGAAGGCGGGCGCGCCCGCGACGUGCUGGAGCUCGCCAGUGGCAUGGCGGCGCUGGCGCUGCAGCAGCUGCCGCACGUCGAGAACCACGCCACGCUCUGCCAGCUGCAGCGCGAUCUUGCCGGCUACGACAAGCUGCUGGUUGCAGAGCGCGAGUUCAUCAGGCUCGGCUGCCUGUACAAGCACUCGUCAAAGGGUUUGCAGCAACGAAUGCUGUUCUUGUUCAGCGACAUGUUGCUGAUAGCGUCGAAGGGUUCGGGCGCGCAGUUCCGCGCACAGAUGGUGCUGCCGCUGCACUCGCUGCAGUUGAUGCCGUCGGACCUGCCCAACUCCUUCACGCUCACAAGCGCGGGCGCGGGCGAGGAGACGUGCGUGCUGCGCAGCGGCAGCAACGAGCACGAGUACGCGGGCUGGUUCGACGCGCUGGCCGCCGCCAUCUCCGCCGCGCGCCGCCGCCCCGCGCACCUCCACACGCACCUCACCGACCCCGACCACAACAACGACCAUGGUUCGGAGUGGUGUAGUGGAGAGAGUGCGGGCGGCACAAACGCGAGUGCGUGUGCUGCUGGCGGGCAGACCGCGAGUGCGGGCAGCGCGCUCACGCUCGUGUGCUGGCACCGGGUCGCCUCGCUCACGCGCACGCACCUCAACCUCGCUAUCAGGACACAACUGUCGGGUUAUCUUUUGCGCAAGUUUAAGAAUUCUCAUGGUUGGCAAAAGCUAUGGGUGGUAUUUGCGGUCUUCACUCUGUUCUUCUACAAGAGCUGGCAGGAUGAAACACCCCUGGCCUCCCUGCCAUUAUUAGGGUACAACGUGGGCUCGCCCGCGCCGAACGACGGCAUAGAUAAAGACUUCGUGUUUAAGCUUCAGUACAAAAACCACGUGUAUUUCUUUAGGGCUGAUAGCCAUUUCACGUAUAGCAGAUGGAUAGAAGUACUACAAACUCCGAUGCUGCAUUAA